AGGAUGUUUUUAGAUGCUGACAUUUGACUUUGCAAAGAAAAAACAACUGCUGCUCAAUUGGCUCCUGGCACUUGACAGGAAAAUACAAUUGUUCCUGAUGUCAAAUUCCAGCGACUCCUACUAUAAAUGAGAGGCUGGGCACUGCACUUGAACGGGUCUAACUCUGAUGUUUACUAACUUUUCUCUCCGACGAACAGCGUUUAGAGCUUUGGACUAUAGAAAUGAGCGCGUCGGUGGCUGUGUGCAGAAAUAUCUACACAGAGGAUCGCUUCAGACAGGCGUAUGGCACAGAAGAGCAGAGAGUAAGUGAGCGGCUCCACCACAGACUUGCGCAGAGAUGCAGCUGCUCUCAGGUGGACUGCGCUCACCUGCUCAAGAAAAGAGUGCCUGUUUGCAACUGGCUCCCAAAAUACAAGCUCAGAAAAUGGAUUUUAGGAGAUAUUGUGGCGGGACUGACUGUUGGAAUAGUGCACAUUCCCCAAGGAAUGGCCUUUGCUCUGUUGACAUCAGUGGCUCCUGUCUAUGGCCUUUACACAUCCUUUUUUCCUGUAGUUCUUUAUAUGAUCUUCGGAACUGGUCACCACGUUUCUACAGGUACCUUUGCUGUUUUGAGUUUGAUGACCGGCACUGUGGUGGAGCAGCUGGUCCCCACCCCGCUUGCUCUGAACUCCAGUAGCCCAGAGGCUGCAGAGUUUGAGGCCCAGAGGAUUGGAGUGGCAUCAGCUGUCGCAUUCCUCUCAGGAAUAAUGAUGCUCUGCAUGUGUGGGUUCCAGUUAGGUUUCCUUUCAACAUACCUCUCAGAACCUAUUGUAAAAGCUUUUACAAGUGCAGCUGCCUUCCACGUGACGAUCUCACAGCUGCAGAGCAUGCUGGGACUAAGGCUCCCUCGAUACACCGGUGCCUUCUCUCUCUUUAAGACUCUGGGUUCAGUGAUGGAGAACCUGCCUCACACUAAUGUGGCCGAGCUGGUGAUCUCAUUGCUCUGCUUGGCUGUCCUGGUCCCAGUAAAAGAGGUGAACUCACGGUUUCGUGAGCGCCUGCGCACUCCAAUCCCAGUGGAGAUCAUCACUGUUAUCAUCGCGACAGGAGUGACAUAUGCCUUCUCUCUGGAUUCCAGAUACAACAUACAAAUAGUAGGACAUAUUCCAGCAGGCUUCCCUAAGCCACGGCUGCCAGCGUUGGAGACGGUUCCAGACAUAGCUGCCGACACAGUUGCUAUCACCCUUGUCGGUUACGCCGUGUCUGUAUCUUUAGCCAUGAUUUAUGCUGACAAACAUGGAUACUCCAUUGAUCCAAAUCAGGAGCUUUUAGCUCAUGGGAUCUCCAACACUGUGUCAUCUCUCUUCACCUGCUUCCCCAGUUCAGCUACACUGGCCACUACUAACAUUCUAGAGAGUGCUGGAGGGUACACACAGCUUGCCGGACUGUUCACCAGUCUGGUUGUUUUAAUAGUUCUGCUGUUGAUUGGUCCUCUGUUCUACUUCUUACCAAAGGCGGUGCUUGCUUGUAUAAAUGUGACCAGUUUGAGACAGAUGUUCCUGCUGUUUCAGGACCUCCCAGAUCUUUGGAGAAUUAGCAGAAUUGAUUUUAUGGUGUGGCUUGUGACCUGGCUGUCAGUGGUUGUGCUAAAUGUAGACUUGGGCUUGGCCAUUGGAGUCGUUUUCUCAAUGAUGUCAGUUAUCUGUCGUACACAGAGGGCCAGCUGCUCGGUACUAGGCAGAGCUGCCAACACGGAGAUCUACAGAUCUAUUAACAACCACAAUAAAUGCUAUGAAGUCCCUGGUGUGAAGAUCUUGACGUACAAUGGGCCCAUCUACUAUGGGAAUCGUAGUUUUUUCAAGGCAGAAAUGACUGAGCUUUUGGGUCUCACCCCUGAGAAGAUACGGAGACGAGAGAAAGCCAUUAAAGCAUUAGAGAAGAGAGAGAGGGAGGCCAUCAGUACUGUAGAACAAGGAGUUGCAGACAGUUCAUUUUCUUCAAAGAAUGACUUAUUCCAAUCAGAAGUGCCUGAAGGUGAUAUUCAGGCUGUGUUGAUUGACUGCAGCAGUGUCAUUUUCAUGGAUGUCGCUGGUGCUCGGUUGUUCAUACAGAUGUGUAUGGAGUGUCAAAAGAUUGGGGUACGGAUAUACCUUUCUAACUGCAAUGAGAGUGUUCUGAAGAUUUUGACAUCCAGUGGGCUUAUGAACUACAUAAAUCCUCAACAUAUUUUUGUUACAGUCCAUGAUGCUGUGGUCUACAUCCAACAGCAGCGAGAAAAACCACAAGAGAACAAUGCUACGGUGUGGGUGUAGUUAUCUUACACAACCAAAGGCAUUUGAAUUCUUGGUCUGGAAAAUGAUGGAAGAUUGAAGAGACUUAAUGGCUUUUCUUUGGCGAUUUUCUCAGCACAGUGCCUGUUUUUAGUUCUUGUAUUCUGUUGUUGACACCGUACAUGGUAUCCAGUGGAACCCAUUCUCUUUAACAACAGUGUUAAGUGUUCCUGCAAUCUUCGUAUAAUCAGAAAAUAAACCAAAAAAAACUUGUUGGUGGAAAAUCUUGGUAGUGUAUUAAAAGACUUUUAGUGUACAACCAUUUUUCUCCUCGAAAAACUGACAUGAAAAGCUAUUGUAAGGAAAAUGGAUUAUGUACAGAUAGGCCUAUAAUGUUUUUAAUUCUUAAAUAAAUAAAAAUACAUAAAUGCUGUACAUGCUAUUGAAAUGUAGGUCCAUUAGCUAUUUAUAUUAUUUAUGCAAUAUUCACGUUGUAGGAUUAAUGUGUUAAUCACUACAGUGUCAUGUGUAAAGGUUAUCAUUUUUG